GCAGUGCAGAAAAUCAGGGAGACAGAGAGAAACCCUAGGUCGAUUGGCUUGGUUCCGGCGAACGAAGCUGGAGAGACUCACCCGACCUGUUGAAGAUGUCGUCGACUCUACUGGAAGUUACUCGAGCGGGUCACGAAGAAAUCGAGCGGCUUGAGCGGCUCAUAGUGAAGGAUCUGCAGAACGAGCCGGCUUCGAGCAAGGACCGCCUAUUUCAGAGCCACAGAGUUCGAAACAUGAUCGACACCAUCACCAUUACGACAGAGAAACUCAUUGAUAUUUAUGAAGACAAAGAUAAUGCAAGGAAGGAUGAGAUUGCAGCGCUUGGGGGUCAGACGGCAACCGGAUCAAAUGUGUUUAGUGCAUUUUAUGACAGAUUGAAAGAGAUUCGUGAGUACCAUAGAAAGCAUCAAGCUGCACGUGUUGUUGAUGCUAAUGAGGAGUAUGAGGAGCUACUCAAAGAGGAACUGCGAAUUGAGUUUCGUGGAGAGGAAGCCUUUGGACGUUAUUUGGACCUGCAUGAAUUGUACAAUGAAUAUAUUAAUUCAAAAUUUGGGGAGCACAUUGAGUACUCUGCUUAUGUUGAAGUCUUUUCAGAACCACAAAAGAUCCCUCGUAAGUUGAAGUUGACAAGGCAAUACAGGGAGUAUUUAGAGAAUCUACUGGAGUAUCUGAUAUAUUUUUUCGAGCGGACAGAGCCAUUGCAAGAUCUCGAUAGAAUAUUUACAAAGCUUGCAACCGAUUUUGAAGAGCAAUGGGCAAAUGGAAUGGUAGAGGGGUGGGAGAAUGAGAGUCAAGAAAAUGGGAAUGUUCCAACUCAACAUGCGGCAAUUGAUCUUGAUUAUUAUAGUACAGUUGAAGAGCUGAUGGAAGUGGGUCCUGAAAUGUUAAAGGAGGCAUUGGCUGCUCUAGGACUAAAGACAGGUGGUACUGUUCAGCAGCGUGCUGAGAGACUUUUCCUCACAAAGCACACACCUCUUGAGAGGUUGGACCAGAAGCAUUUUGCCAAGGGUUCACGUCGAUCAGAACAAAAUGGUACUCCUGCUGCUCCAAAAGAAGCUGACAAUUCAAAAGAAAUCGCCCUCCUAGAGGCGAAGUUGAGAAAGAUAUGUGAAUUACUGUAUGAGACUAUCGUGCGAACAAAAGAAAAUAUUGAGAAGAAACAGGCUUUGACGUAUGAGGAAAUGGAAGCAGAACGUGAAGAGGAAGAAGUACAAGCAGACACCGAAAGUGAUGAUGAGGAGCAGCAGAUCUAUAAUCCCCUCAAGUUGCCAAUGGGCUGGGAUGGGAAGCCUAUUCCUUACUGGUUGUAUAAGCUUCAUGGACUUGGGCAGGAAUUCAAGUGUGAGAUAUGUGGGAAUCACAGUUACUGGGGGCGUAGGGCUUUUGAGCGGCAUUUUAAGGAAUGGCGCCAUCAGCAUGGUAUGCGUUGCCUCGGCAUUCCCAAUACCAAAAACUUCAAUGAAAUCACAUCAAUUAAGGAAGCAAAGGUACUGUGGGAGAGAAUACAGGAACGGCAAGGACUGAACAAGUGGCGCCCAGAUCUAGAAGAAGAGUAUGAAGACAAAGAGGGCAACAUCUACAACAAGAAGACCUAUACCGAUCUGCAGCGCCAAGGCCUGAUCUAAGAAGAACACCGUUCCAGAUUAACCUCAUCUUCAUUUAUCCAGCAUAUGGCUCUCUACUUUGAAGUUCGAGGACUGAAAACUCACCCAGUAACUUGGAGAUUUGGAAGAGUCGGUUUCCAGAAUGAUCUGGUCGGCGAUGGACUUAUAGUUCUCUUCUGUAAGCUUCUACGAAGGAUUUCUGCACUUGCAUGACCAAAAGGACGAAACAAACGGUUGGGCUUAUAUAGCAUCUGGUCCUAAAAGCAUAAAUGUACCAAACUUUUAGGGUUUAGUCUGUCAACUUUUAUUAAUGCUAAUUUCAUGUAAUGAGUAUUCUAUAUCGUGUAUUCAGAUGUCUUGAAUGUUAUUAGCAA